UGCCCGCUCGGAGCGCCCCACGUCGAGGCCCGCCUGGCCCCGCGCCGCUCCUGCCUUUGGAGUUGGCGGCGGGCAGACGAGCAAGGGACGGAGCGAGGGACGGAGGCGAGCGGCCGAGCCAGCGGGCCGAGCGCCAUGCGCCGCGCCAGCCGCGACUACAGCAAGUACCUGCGCGGCACCGAGGAGAUGGGCGGCGGGGGCGCCCCGCACGAGGGUCCCUUGCCCCCGCCGCCGCCCGCGCCGCCCUCCGCCCCCCAGCCCGCCGCCGCCUCGCGCUCCAUGUUCGUGGCCCUCCUGGGGCUGGGGCUGGGCCAGGUCGUCUGCAGCGUCGCCCUGUUCCUCUACUUCAGAGCGCAGAUGGAUCCUAAUAGAAUAUCAGAAGAUGACACUCACUGCAUUAAUAGAAUUUUCAAGCUCCAUGAAAACGCAGAUUUGCAAGACACAACUCUGGAGAGUCAAGACACAAAAUUAAUACCCGACUCGUGUAAGAGAAUUAAACAGGCCUUUCAAGCAGCUGUGCAAAAGGAAUUACAACAUAUUGUUAGAUCACAACACAUCAGAGCAGAAAAAGCUACGGUGGAAGGUUCUUGGUUAGAUCUGGCCAGGAGGGGCAAGCCUGACACUCAACCUUUUGCUCAUCUCACUAUUAAUGCCACCGACAUCCCAUCAGGUUCCCACAAAGUGAGUCUGUCUUCCUGGUACCAUGACCGAGGGUGGGCCAAGAUCUCCAACAUGACUUUCAGCAAUGGGAAACUCAAAGUUAACCAAGAUGGCUUUUAUUACCUGUACGCCAACAUUUGCUUUCGCCAUCAUGAAACUUCAGGAGACCUCGCUACGGAGUAUCUUCAGCUGAUGGUGUAUGUCACUAAAACCAGCAUCAAAAUCCCAAGUUCUCAUACCCUUAUGAAAGGAGGAAGCACCAAAUACUGGUCGGGGAAUUCUGAAUUCCAUUUUUACUCUAUAAACGUUGGAGGAUUUUUUAAGCUACGGUCUGGUGAGGAAAUAAGCAUCGAGGUAUCCAACCCUUCGCUACUGGAUCCAGAUCAAGACGCAACGUACUUUGGGGCUUUUAAAGUUCGAGAUAUAGAUUGA